AUGGUUCAUUUGUCUACCGAGAUCAUAAGAUCAUACCAAAGUUUGAGCGUGGUGCCAAAAAAAAUAGGUGACAACACAAAAUAUUGGCCAUAUUUCAAGGAUUGUGUUGGAGCAUUGGAUGUGACUCAUAUAAAAGCAGUUGUAAGCGAUGAUGAUGGUGUGGCACAUCGAGGGCGUACUGGAAAAAAAACAUGGAAUAUUUUGGCUGCCUAUUUCUUUGAUAGGCUUUUCACGUUUAUCAACGUUGGAUUUGAAGGUAGUGCUCAUGAUAUUACUGUAUGGAACCAUUGCUUAACUGUACCAGAGUUUCGAUUUCUCCAUCCACCUCUAGGAAAAUAUUAUCUAGUAGAUUCUGGAUAUCCGAAUACCGCUGGAUAUUUGAGUCCAAUAAAAGAAAAAGAUAUUAGAACCCAUUUGCCCGAAUUUCGAAAUGGUCCACCACCACAAGGCAUGCUUGAACUUUUUAAUUAUCUUCACUCUUCACUUCGAACAACGAUCGAGAGAUGUUUUGGACAAUUAAAAGCUCGAUGGAAAAUAUUGACAAUGAUGCCAAAUAUGGACACUAAACAUCAAUUGGCAAUUAUGGUUGCUACAUUCACACUUCACAAUUUUAUUCGAUUACAUGAGUUGGAUAUACCCAUUGAUAGUGGUAUAGAAAUCGAACCAAGAGCAGAUUAUGAUUUGUUUAACGAGAAUCGUAAAACUGUAAUGAAAGAAGUACAACUUAAUAUAGCGAAAGAAAUUUGGAACUUCUUGUAA